CUGAUUGAUGCAACAAGAAAUCUAAUCCAUUUCAAUUCUAUGAAGUUUACUUGCCUAAGCAAGGGAAGUGGUUUCCACUUUCCACCAUGCCACAUUCUGAAUAUGUGCGGGUUUAGGAUCUUAGUGGACUGUCCCGUGGACCUUUCAGCUCUCACCAUUUUUGCCCCUGUUCCUGCUGAUUUUCGUUUGGUGCAAGAUGACGAGAGCUCGGACUGUUCAUCCCAUAUUCCGAUGGACAUAGAUUCUGGGAUUCAGAAGAGGCAGACAAUUGGAGGGCCACUUGAUCCAAAACACUUAAUUUAUGCAGAGCCUUGGUACAAAACAGUUAGUAAUUUGCACCUUUGGGACACCUCAUUCAUUGAUAUUGUACUCAUAUCAAGCCCAAUGGGUAUGCUUGGGUUGCCAUUUUUUACUCGAGACAAAGGUUUUUCCGCAAAGAUAUAUGUCACUGAUGCGACUGCAAGACUUGGGCAGCUAAUGAUGGAGGAUCUUAUUUCAAUGCACAUGGAAUUCAGGUAUUUUUAUGGACCUGAGGCGUCUAACUACCCACAAUGGAUGAAGUGGGAAGAGUUAGAACUACUUCCGUCAGCAUUGAAGGAUAUAGCUCUCGGAAAAGAUGGGACAGAGUUGGGUGGAUGGAUCCCUUUGUACAGUGCAGCUGAUGUGAAGGAUUGUGUGCAGAAACUUCAGACACUCAAAUAUGCUGAAGAAGCCUGCUAUAAUGGAACAUUGGUCAUUAAGGCAUUUAGUUCUGGUUCUGACGUGGGGGCUUGUAAUUGGACUAUAAGUGGUCCAAAAGGAAAUGUUGCAUACGUUUCAAGCUCCACUUUCGUUUCAGCUCAUGCAAUGGAUUUUGAUUAUCAGGCACUUCAGGGGAAACAUGUGAUAAUAUAUUCAGAUUUCUCAUUCCAAGAUGUCAACGAUGAUCCUGGACAUGACAAUGAUUCCUCUGAUUCAACUACUAACAUUUUGUCAACUCCAAGCAAUGAUGAAGAUAAUUGGAAAGAACUUACCAAAUCCUUGCUCAGUAAUGAGGAGAAUAUAGAGGAAAAGGAGAAACUAGCAUUUAUAUGCUCAUGCAUGAUCGACUCAGUCAAGGCUCGUGGUUCGGUUCUUAUUCCCACAACUCGACUUGGACUGAUUCUACAGCUUCUGGAGGAGAUAUCAGUUCUCCUGGAGUCUUCAAAUCUAACGGUUCCCAUAUAUUUCAUCUCUUCAAUUGCAGAGGACUUGUUUGCAUUCACUAACAUCAUUCCAGAAUGGCUGAGCAAGCAGAGACAAGAAAAGUUGUUUUCCGGCGACCCUUUGUUUGCCCAUUCUGAUCUCAUAAAAGCGAAAAAGCUACUUAUGUUUCCUGCCAUUCAUUCCCAAAAACUAUUGACAAAUUGGGAGGAACCAUGCAUUGUAUUUGCUCCUCAUUGGAGUUUGCGGAUUGGUCCUGCUGUUCAUUUGCUUCGCCGUUGGUGCAGGGACGAAAACUCUCUUCUUGUUUUGGAGGAAGCAGUGGAUGCUAAUGUGGCUCUUUUACCUUUCAAGCCAACAACAAUGAAGGUUCUUCAGUGCUCAUUUCCUUCAGGAAUAAAGUUGCCAAAAGUUAAACCUUUGCUGACAGCGCUUCAGCCGAAAGUUGUCCUGUUCCCCGAGGCAAUGAGGCAUCACAUCAGUUUCGCCAAUUCAAGUCCAUUUUCAAUCAUCCGCUACUCGGAAAAUGAAACAUUACCUAUACCUGGAUGUAAGGACAAUUUAGAGAUAGAGAUUGCAGCAGACUUGGUUUCCAAGUUACAGUGGAGAAAGACGAAACAAACAAGCCUGAAUCUUGUGAGAUUAAAGGGAGAACUAUUCAUGGAUCAUGGUAAAUAUCGGUUGUCCUCUGGUAAGGAGCUGCUGAUGGAUGAUUCGGCUGAGUCUAGGCCAUUGCUACACUGGGGUUCACCGGAUCUGCAAAGGCUUCUGGAUGCGUUGUCAGAAUUGGGAAUCAGUGGUUCCGUAGAACAGGUAACUAGCGAUAAUGAAUCAGAAACCAAAGCAAUUGUUCAUAUCAAUGAUCCUGAUCGAGCCUCGAUUGAAGUUCGAGCAACGAGCACAGUCAUUACUGCUGCUUCUGAGAAUUUAGCCUCUCUAAUAUUUGAAGCCACAGAUAGGGUUCUAGAUUCCAUUUAAAGGGAUAUCUUUGAUCUGUCUAAUGGUUGUCUUGACAUUCUUGUAUAAAUUAGCAAAAUUGUUGUCCGAUAUGCUUACAUGUCUAUGAAGCUUGUCAGCAUUAAACUGCAUAAUAUUUUUGCCUUACAUUCAUCAGUGAUUGAAGAUC